AUGCUAGAUUUUGAUGAUGGAGUAAGGGAUUUAGUGAAAAGAAUAGAUAAUGUGACAAUACAAUUGGCAGGACUGUUUUGCAGUCUUGAAAAUGAGCUAUUAGAAUUAUAUAAUUUGUGUGGAAGUGGAAAUGAGAGAAGUAACCGGGGUUUAAAAAAGUCAGAGUUUAUUGAAGGUAUGAAAGAGUUACUAAAGAAUAGUAAAUUGAACAGCCAAGAUAAUAUUGGUGAUGAGUAUUUGAUAGCAUUGGACAAUUCAGUAAUUAGUCUGGAAACCCUGACUUCUGCAUUGGUAGGUACAAAAUGUUAUGUUAACUGUAAAGUAGUGAAUGAAAAUGAAGAGACAGAUGACUUAAAGGGGAUUUCAAACACACUAGGGGAUUGCAAUGAACUAAGCCUUGGUGAAAUAAAUGAGAAUAGCAGUUUAAUAAGACUUUGUAGGAGUGUAAGUAGAUUAACAAAACAUAGAAAUAAGAUUGAAAAGUACGAUAUAGAAAUGAAUAAUGAAUUAGAUGCUAUUAAGAGAGAGAAGACAAGGGAAUUGGAAAACAAGCUUAAAGAGAUGGAGGUAAAGCUGAGAAGUAAAGAAGCGUUGUGUUAUGCUCAUGAAAAACAGAUUGAAUACUUAAAAUAUGACUUAAAAGAGUUGAAUAAGAUUAAUAGCCAAAUGAUUUCCCAGAUUAACAUUCAGGAGUUGAAUAAUGAAAAAGACCAAAAGCUUGAACUAUAUAUUAAUACAGAUACAGAAAAAAGUAUAUCAUCUCAAUUUCCAAGUAAUGAACUUAGCUUAUAUUCUGAUAAUGAAGAGAAAGGUGAAUGCAUCUAUGUAAUUAGCAAUAAAAAAGAAGAAGAGCAGAGAAUUACUCCUAUUAAAAUAGAACCAAUUAAUAACUUUAAUCAAGUUAUUAAUUGCCAGACUGCUCACAAAUAUGAAAAUACAAGUGUGCAGGAAACUUUUCGUGAGGAAGAUUUAGAUAUCUUAGAGCUUAAGGAUCAGAUUCAAAUUUUGCACGUAGAUCUACAAAACCUCAAAGAAGAGAAUUGCCGAUUAAAACUACAGCUUGAAAAAGUGGCAGAAAGUAAUUUGGUAUUUCCUGAAAAAAUCACACCAGAAGAAAGUGAAAUUCUAUAUGACAUACUAGUGGAUAACAAUUUCUCAGAAAAAUAUACAGAAACAGAUACAGAGAUGUUCAAUGACAAAAAAUUUAUAAUCAAGAAUAUUCAAAAAACUAUAAACAUUUCAAUUUUUAAUCCAUUCCCAAAACUCCAAAAAACUCAACUCAAAAAAAUUGAGAUUUCCUAUUUGAACACCUUACCAAUUCAACAAAAUCCAAAACCAUGUUUGGUUAUGUGGGAACCCAUUAUAGAUUGCCCUUCAGAGUUAUCUUCUGCUAUAAAUACCAGUAAUAACAUUAUACCACUCCCUUUGUCCUCAUAUGGGCAGUUUAGAAAAUCCAGAAAAAGUGGAAGGAAAAACCCUCCCACAAUAAUAGAGGGAACUACUCUUAGUAGAAAAGUUAUUCCUAUAAAUAGAAAUUCAUUCUAUUGUGAUUUAGAGAAGAUUAUCAAGAAGAAUACUAAGAAACAAGAAUCCUUAAUUACGUAG